AUGACAUACAACAAGACUCGCCGCCACCAAACCGACUACGAGCGGGACCUCAACGCCUCAAUCCGCAUUCUGCGUAAAGCCCACAAUGACAACAACCGCCGUCUCCGCAUCCUCUACAACUACCUGCACUCCCCACGCAAUAAUACCGGCGUCUCCCUUGCCUCUUUUCUGCAAGCUCGUGCUCACAUUCCACAGUCUGAGUAUCCCAACGAGGCCACGAUGGCGAAGAAUGCCAUUGCAGAGAUCUUGGAGAUUCAGAGUAAGAUGCCGGGGCUCAAGAAGGAUUAUGAUAGGUUGCUCUCACACAGAGGUGUGUUGAGGGCUGGGGUGGAGUAUGACAAGAUGAACCGUGAGUUGGAGAGACAGAUGGCGCACAGCUCCAACUGUGAGUAUGGGGAACAUAACUGUCUCUUGGACACCAACCCGGCAGAGGAAACCACUCUUCAAGAUAUCAUUCCCGCCGAAGCCUAUGGCGACAACACCAAGCCCGGAGAGGAAGCCACUCUUCAAGCUAUGCUUACUGCCGAAGCCCAUGGCGACAACACCGAGUUCGCAGCAAUGCCUGGCCUAUUCGACGACCCCCUCGCGGCCAGCGCCGAGCAGCCUCAAGAGCCAAAUGUGGUCAGAACCGCUGCCGACUGGGGGAUGGCCAUGAUGGAGAAGACCGAACCUAAGGUCGACUGGGGCCCGAACCGUGUCCAGAGUCACAACCCCGGAGAAUCGGCGUUCAUGGUUGACGAGUUUACCCAUGAGAAUGUCGGGGAUAGUAUGGAUCUCGAAACUAUGCAGCGCCUCCUUGAGACGUUCCCCGAUGAGGGGGCGGGGAUGACCGCGUUGUUGAACGCUUAG